CGCCUUUCGAAACAUGUUCGUCUUACCUAUUGAGAUCAUCGAUACAAACUCCGUAGAUGCAGGGGUUGCUUAAACAGGCAAAACCUGCCUCAGUUUGAUUUAAAAUUGAUAGCGAAACUACUCCAACUAGUAUGAGGAACCAUUUUGUGCUUAAUCCAAGUUUUUGAGGGUUCCAGUUUGGUAUCCGGGUGGCGGAGUCCUCAGAAAACUUUUCUGAGGGGGUUUCUUUCAUUUUAUCCUUGAUUUUGUUCACUUAAUCGAAGUUAUCCAUGAAUCACUGUUGCAGAUAAGUUGUCAUCAAUGGUUCAAUCCUAAUCAAGAAAAGAAACUUUAAACUUAACGGUAUUUUUUCACUGAUGGUUUGAUGGAAAAUUUUCCAGCCCCAAGAGUCAACUAUUUAUCUUCCGUAAACACUUCGCCAGACAACGAGAAUGGUGUGCCUAGUUCCGCUUCGCGAUUCGAAAUACGUAAAAAGGUUCCUAAAAACUCUAUUGGGCUCCGAAAAGAUAUGGAACUAGUUCCUGAUAUCAUAAGCUUUGAACACUGUUCUAAGCAAAUAUUUACGCUAGUGGUGCCCCGAAAAUGUCCGCUGUGUAAUACAGCUUUGGAAACCUGCAGUUCGUUCCUGCCAUUUUCGAUACCUGCACCAUUCGUUAACGCCGCCCAGACACCCUGUUCGGUGGUUUUGCGACCAUCGGUGGGCACCUUCCUGGACGAUUACAAAAACGAAGACAACCUUCACAUUGCGGUGACGGAUUCCGAGGGCUCUAUAGUCGAAUUCGAUACCCCCGGACUGAUACGAACGAAGGCGUGUAACGCCAAUAGGAAAGUUUGGUCCCAGUGCCUGCAUAUCGUCGACGUGCCCGAGGGAUGGUACGACGAGUGGGACAGAGUGCUUGAUGCGGUCAUUGAAAAACGUGACUGGAGUCGAGAGCUGUACGACGAUACACUGUUCAAUUGCUUCAGCUUCGUAAUAGAAUUUUUGCAGCACCUACGCUACGACGAAUUUGCCUCUUAUGUCUGUGAUAGGGAUACGUUUUCUGAGAAAAUUAUUGUGCCAAAAACCUGUAUUAUUGCUAAGUACAUAACUGUGUAUAGGAGAGUCAAGGAAAAUGGCUUUUGGGCGAAUUGAUAGCUCCGAGCUUUUGUUAUAAGGUUUUUAAAUGGCCUUGUGUACGAAUAAAUAAUUAGUUUUUCUUAA